AUGCUGAAAUAUUUUAAUAAAGAUGGGAAACCAAAGAUAAGCAACUUCAACGAUCUUACAACGAUUAACAAAGAAAGAAACUCGAGUAAAGGGAAAGACACAGAUGACGAGAAAGAGAAAGUAAUUUCUGGUGUUGAUUACUGCACAGAUAGCAACAAAUCAACAAGAAUCCAAGUUUCACCCCAAUUACUCCUCAAACAUGAAACGUUAUCCAUUUGUAACACUCCAAACAGAUUGGCGAAAGCCAAGUUACAAGAUGUGAAACGAAAUAAAAAUAAAGAUGUGUCAGAUGAUAGCAAAAACCCGUUAAAUAAACUAAGCAAGAAGGAAGAAACGAUCGAAGCGAAAUCAAAAAGAAGAUCUUUUGAUGGCUUAGAGAUAAAGAAAGACGCCGAUAGAAGAGAGAAACGUUCAGAACGUCAUAAAAGACGUUUAGCUCGAGUUGUAAAGCAUGCACUGGUUAAAUAUGGAGUAAAACCAACAGAUGAUAACUUUACAACGUGUUCUGAAAGACUUUACUAUGUUUGCAAAAGUUUCCUUCAGGAUUUGAAGUCGUCAGAACGUCUGAAUGAAGAAAUGAAGAAACUAGCUGAAUCGCAUGUUUCUACGGUUGUGGAGUUUGAAAAACGCCAAAAAGAAGACAAAUCUUAGAUAUAGCCAUUGAUUUUAUUAUUAAAUUUAUGGGAUUUUGUUCAAAUCGUUAGUUCCCCAAAGGAACAUUGUCAUUAUUUAAUGAAUAUGUUAUUAUUCAUUAAAUUGUUGAUUCAAUGUAACUAUGUUUCUUGAAUUAUAUUAUGUGUAAAUAUUUGAAUAUAUAUAUAUCAAUUGUA